CUCAAAGCAUGUACUGCGCCGAGACAGAAAAAAUGCCCAGGUCCUGACAAUGAGCUCGAAAGGUUAUAACCAUUGUUACACGUCCUCAUGUCUGGUCCUUCAAACGCCAUCUCACCUUCAGUACAUUCACCUUCUUCAGACAACCCUUUUGGCUAGUGGUGGAGGAACUAUCAUAGGCAUUGAACGUGCAAUUGCACGAAAAGACUGUUCGAGCAAAAUAUGAUCAAAGGGGGUCGAAUUAAAUCCAUCGGCGGUAUUUCAACCGUCGGACUCUCGCGGCCAAAAGUCU